AUGGCUUCUCAAGCAUUCAGUGGCGACUCUUUCACGCCUCUGGCAGCAGACUCGCCUCUGCCAAUCUUCAUGCACCACAGCUCUGCCAGCGACUGCCUGCCAAGCACCUCCCACGGACACAACAUGGUCUCUGCAGGUAAGCCCCUGCAUUACCCUGUCACUCCAUGCCACUACAGCAACCAGCAGACCACCUAUGGGAUUAUGGCAGGUUCCCUGACGCCAUGCUUGUACAAGUUUCCAGAUCCCGGUCUGAGCAGUAGCUCCUGUGCAUUAAGUCACGGUUUCUCCUCGCUGCCCUCUGCCCUCCUGCUAACUGAUGAAGGCCCCGGGGCCCCCACCGUGGGCGAGAUGAAAGCUAGCAGCCAGAGGAAGAGCAUACGAGAGCUGGAGGACACCCCCGCCAUGGACUCGCCGCAGAUACAAGAGCUGGAGAUGUUUGCCAAUGACUUUAAAAUACGCAGGAUCAAACUUGGCUAUACUCAGACCAACGUGGGCGAGGCUCUCGCUGCAGUGCACGGUUCAGAGUUCAGUCAGACCACAAUCUGCCGCUUUGAGAACCUGCAGCUGAGCUUCAAGAACGCCUGCAAACUGAAGGCCAUUCUGGCUAAGUGGCUGGACGAGGCCGAGCUUGCUCGCGCACUGAACAACGAUAAGAUUGGAAUCAAUGAGCGGAAGAGGAAAAGGAGAACCACCAUCAGCCUAGGAGCGAAGGAGGCCCUUGAGCACAGCUUUGCGGAAAAAAGUAAGCCAUCUUCCCAGGAGAUAGCCCGGAUAGCUAAAGGCCUCCAUCUGGAGAAGGAGGUGGUCCGUGUCUGGUUCUGUAACAGGCGCCAGAGGGAAAAACGUGUCAAAACCAGUCUGAGCUCCUGCUUGUCCAAAAUAAGUCCAAACUGUAUCGCUCACAUGAAUAAAACACGGCAAAUGACAUAAAUUCUUAUCAAAUAGUGUGGAUUCAUAUAGAUUUCAAUGUUUUUUGUCAUAUGACUAAUUUCACUUAGUCAGUAUAGAGAAGAUCCCUGCUUUUCAUGGGGGUUACAUUCCACGCCGACCAGUGAAUGUCAAAAUGUUUGUAAACGUGGCUCGCUCCUUCCCCUCCAAACCCUCCUGCUACCUUUAUUUACAUUGUCCUGCGAUCAUUUCGGAUCACUUGUUCCAAAAAAUAUGCCUCACACACUUAUUAAACACAUUUCAAGUAUAAAAUGGAAAGGAACUCACCAUUACUGAAUGAUACGAUGAUAGAUGAACAGAUGGAACGGGAGUCACGGUGUAUCGUCAGGCUAGCAGGCUAGAGAAGCCGCAUCCACAUAAUCCACACUGCUUGCCUGUGGAAUUCCACGAUUUGCCAUCAUGCACUAACUUGUGUUCACCUCACUGCAAGUUUUGAGACCAGAUUGUUCUAGAAGUUUCACUUUUGCAAACAUUCUCAGUGACAGAAACAUGUAAUCAUAAGCUUUUUUAAAAAAAAAACAUGUAUGCUGUACAUUUUACCUGUAUUAUCACAUAUGUAUAAAUUAUGAGUGACUCAGGGUGAAUGUGAUGUCAUUUCUAUGGGAAAAAAAGCCUAUUUUGAAAGAAAAGAAACUGAAAAUAAAAAGGUUUUGCGGUAACAAUUUGCGGGACUGUGAAUGCUGAAUCACAAAUGUGCAGGGAUUCACUGUAGUGAUGUAAUGCAGCUAAAUGAGCACAAAAGGUGACUGGAAGAAGCUUUACUGAAGUGUACUGAAAAGACAUACAGUAUCUUUUGGCUGAAAUAUACAUUUUUAUGUUAUUGCAACGAGGUCAAUUCAGCUGGCAUCUCCGCCCUCCCCCAUUAUUUGCAUUUUUAUGAGUAUAUUUGUAAUUCUACUCAAGACAUUGUGUGUAUUUCCAAGUUUAACCUGUUGCUGUGUGAAGUGUAUGAAGUGCUGUUUGAUUUCUUCUGUUAUCACAGCUGAACCAUCUGAACUUGGACAAGGCCUUAUUUUUUUUUAAAGAUCUAACAUGUUAUGUGCUAAAUUACUGGGGAUUUUUUUAUAUUUAUUGGUGGACUAAUGGUCCCUGCAUUGUUGAUGACAUUUAAACACAUGUAGUUGCUAUUAAAAUGUUUUGUCCAGCAGAUAAAAGCAUUAGUUAGCAUUAGUGAUUCAUACAGUAACAGUGUUUAGUGUUGGGUAAAUUGCUUCAAAAAAAGUCAUUAUAGUUACUCUUACACCCCCCCCCCACACACAAAUUAGUAACGGGAUUGCAUUUUCAUGUAGAUCUUGUGCCUUGCAAUUCUCUGCCAAAACGCUAGGGGCCAGUGUUUUUACAGUGAGCAACCACAACUGUUAUUGACUAGCUAUUUAGCUUGCUGUGAAGUACUAGUGAACAAUGGUGACUCGAAGUGCAUAACAUGCCACAUUUCACUAUCGGCAACAGUAUUUUUCAAACUGCUACUCUCAACACGGUACUUUAACCAAGAAGACACCGUAUUUCCCAAACCGAGCCCAAAACUGUUUGUUUUCCACAGACAUACAUUUUCUUAAUCCUUUGAUGUUUAUUGAUGUAAAAGGUCAACAAUUUA